AUGUCUGGCGAUAUGGCAGCAAACUCCUACAAUCAGGCUCACUCCGACAUGGAUCAGAUGCAAAACUCGGAGACCUCGAACAGAGAAAGCGCUCGCGAUAAGGCGGCGCGAGAUCUGUUCACUAGUAUGGUGCGGCCCUGCCAUACUUCCAACGCUGACAACGCCGUCAACGGGAUUCCGGCACCACCCUCAUUACCUCCAGCGGUACAGCAGCAGGAAACGCCAGUCGAAUUCACCCGCUGCACUACACGCCUCCACGACAACACCUCUCCCGAAGGUGACAUCGGUCUCUACAUCAUGAGAAAAUACCCAGCGCGCUGGCAACGCGAGCACCUCGACGACACGGAGGAAGGCGCUGGAAUCUACCAGUACCGCCUCGCACCACAGGAGCCUCCGCAGCGCGUGGUGCACCCGGUAGAGAAUACCGACGGCGUGAUGUGCGAUACGUAUCUCACCGACGUCUACACAGUUGGAGGCAACAUGCUGUGCCUUUUCGUUGAUUACAACGAGCAUGAGGUCUGCAUUGCGCACUGGGCGGACUCUCGCGAGGUUAUUGAGGGGUUGUUGGAGAUAGAGCUGGGGACGCGCGAGUUCAUGAAGGAAGAGAAGCCGGCGGAUGUGGAUCGGGACGAGCAGAUGCGUCGAAAUCAGGAGCUUCGGAGGAUGCAGCAGUCUUGGGGAAUGCGGCAGCCUCAGCCGACGCGACAGUCUCAAGCAAUGCGACAGCCGAUGCAACAGCCUCAGGCAAUACGACAGACGAUGCAACAACCUCAGGCGACGGGGCAGCCUCGGGCGAUGUGGCAGCCUGCAACGCGACAGCACGCGAUGCAGCAGCUUCAGGCUAUGCAGCAGCUAUCAGCGCAGCUGAUGCAACAGCCUCGGGCGAGACAGCAGCAGAAUACGGUGUUCCCACCGACGAACCCAUUCGCACCUCGUUCCCCAUCCGCCGCGCCAUCCCCGAAUGAUCCUGGAGCUCAGACUGGUGUGUUUCCCGACCUACGCAGGGACUCCGGUACUGCGGUCGAUGGAUAUAACAUGGCGCCUCAGCCACAGCAUCCACUACCUGUGGCCUACCCAGCGUGGCACGACCAGGUAAUCCCAUCUAAUGGUCAAGCUCAACGCCAUCAAGCCAUAGAUGAGGCCGCGCUUGCGUCGAGCCAUGGAUUCAAUAUGCCGCCUCAGCCACAGCGGGCAACAUCUGUCGUGAAUCCAGUGCAGCACAACGAGGCAGAUCAGCCCCAUGGCCAAACCGGACUUGAUCAAGCCAUGAUUGACACGGCGCUUGAGACUCAGCCUGCAGAGCCACUGUCUGAUGAAUUCGGGUUGAACGACGCCUUUGCCAUGAUCGACAAUGUCGCUGCAUUCAAGGCCAGCCAAAACAGCGCUGCAAACGAUGCGGAGGCUUCGGGAGGUCUAAGCAUACCAGAGGCUUCCCUGGAUCCCAUGGGCGUCGAAAUUCCUCAAGGGGCGGGUGCUUCGGACAAGGCCGACGAUGCCGCAGAUGUACAAUGGGACGAGCGGUGGGGGUUCGCCGGGUCGCGGGGCAUAUUGGUGCUUACUUCCAGAGAUCAGGGUGAAGAAGCGAUGCAUGACGCGCCUUGCUUCGAGUGUGCUUCCUGGGUGGAAGGUGCCCGCAGAACUUGA